GAACGGCCCGACGUACUGCGUCGCGCCCGUGGUGCACGGCGGGGCCCUGCCCGCCGCCGGCGACGAGGCCCCGCAGCUGGACCCCUUCAACGGCGACGGCAGCCGCAAGCAGCAGUACGACUUCUUCAUGGUCGGCAAAAACUGCUGCGACUGCCCAGGCGAGUUCCGCUGCGGCGCCUGGACGAGCCGCGGGACCGUCGGCGGCCUGCGCCAGCUGAGCCAGGAGGACCAGGACUUCUACAGGAUUGCCACGGAGCAGUGGCAGACAAACUACGGCAGGUUG